AUGCAUUCCUUCGAAACGAGAGGAGAUGUCGUCGAGAAUGCAGUUUUUGGCGCUUUUGGCAUCCUCUUCUAUACUACCACUCUUGUCCAAAGCUGGCGUCACUUCAAAGCUGGCCCUGUCAGUGCUGCACAGUGGUACCACCAGAGGGCAUUCAUUUCGGCUAACAUACCCGCCAUUCCUUUCCUUGUUGGCAAUAUUGUGUGCCCAUCGUGGAUUGGCAUUGCACACAGCAGUGACUUACCAGACACUGCUCCUGGGAUACUAUGGAAAGUCACUGUGGCCAUAUGCUUCGCUCUUUCUGAAAUAAUCAAACUCUUCGCGGUUUCAGAUCAAGUUCCCAAGAGAAAGCUCGCUGGUGCUUGCAUCCUAUCUCUCCAAGUGCUGUGGCUUGUCUUUGGCAUCUGGCAGUGGCGUUCCGGCGCGGUAUGGGCCUUUCCAGCCAUCAUUCACGGGUCAUUUGCGGCUAUUCUGCUCUAUCAAAUCAUCAUCCGGAAGAGUGAUGCAUCACACCCUGCACCCCCUUGCUCUGAUUUCAUUCGCCUUUUUCUACGUACUUUGAUCACAGCGGCGACCCUUGGCAUGGGAAUUUACUCGUUUGCGAAAGGACCGUUCAAAUGCCACUUUAGCCUGCAAUGCGCCUUCUCACUGUUUGAGAAUGUUCAGUCAGCGGUAUAUGCAGAAAUGCGAUUUAUCAAGGCGAGGUCAGACAGCAAGGACGCCUUAGCCAUGUCGAAUAGAAGGCGAUCCGGAAGUUGGGUUAAUGACCGAUCACAGCAGAGCCUAGUUCGCCGCGAUCAAAUUGAAACCACUGUGUAA